CCACAAUUGUAUAAAUCCACAGAGAGAGCUCAGUCCAAAGAACAACACAGAUUCGUAAAAGAGAGAGAGAGGCAGAAAGAGAAACCUCUCCUUAUUCAUUCCGCAUUACCACCUUUGUGUCUGGUUUUCUCUCUCCUCGUAUCGUUUUCGAUACAGAGAGAAGAGAGUGAGAAAUGAGGGAGCGUGGUUUCUUCUUUUUGUUCUUCUCCCUGCUUCUUCUUGCGUUGAAGGUGAGAGGUUCAGGUUAUGCUGAGAAUGGUGAUUUUUUCACGGGCACAUGGGUGCUAGAUGAAUCGUACCCGCUCUAUCAGCCGUCCACGUGUCCCUUCAUCGAGCGCGAGUUCAGGUGCGAAGGGAAUGGACGGCCUGAUCUGAUUUACACCCAUUAUCGAUGGCACCCACUUGCCAGCAAAUUUCUCAGAUUUGAUGGGCGAGAUUUUCUGGAAAAGAUGAGAGGGAAGAGCAUCAUGUUCGUCGGAGAUUCGCUGAGCAGGAAUCAAUGGCAGUCUUUGACUUGUUUGCUUCAUUCAGCAGUUCCCAAUUCAAAUUAUACUUUGGAUAGAGUCGGAGAUGUUUCAAUUUUCACAUUAACGGAGUAUAAGGUUAAAGUGAUGCUAGAUAGGAACGUGUAUCUGGUUGACGUUGUGAAAGAGAAAAUAGGGAGAGUGUUGAAGCUCGAUUCAAUAGAAGGAAGCAAACUGUGGCAGGGGAUUGAUACGCUUAUCUUCAACACAUGGCACUGGUGGUACCGAAGAGGACCCACUCAACCAUGGGACUAUAUCCAAGUGGGAAAUAAAAUCAUAAAAGACAUGGAUCGGAUGAAGGCGUUUGAAGAAGCACUUAAGACAUGGGGUAAAUGGGUUGACACCAACGUUGACCCUACAAAAGUGAAGGUCUUCUUUCAAGGAAUUUCUCCUUCUCACUACAAUGGCAGCCUAUGGAAUGAGCCAAGUGCAAAGACCUGCAUCCGGCAGAAGACACCGGUGCCGGGAUCAACCUAUCCCGGCGGAUUGCCGCCGGCGGUGGCGGUGCUAAAGGGUGUGCUGAGAACAAUAAAAACACCGGUGACACUGCUUGACAUCACAACCCUAUCACUGCUUAGAAAAGAUGGACACCCUUCCAUUUAUGGGCUAGGUGGAGCUACAGCAAUGGAUUGCAGCCAUUGGUGUCUUCCUGGUGUUCCUGACACUUGGAAUGAAAUACUUUACAACCUUAUUUGAUGCCUAAUUUUUCAUUCAUCAUUUAAUUGGGGGGUUAGUCAAUUCUUAUACCAAAGAAAAUAAAUUGUAUACAGAAAAGAAAACUAGGUUGGCUAUUAGACCACACCUUCAUUAAUUGAAAUAUGCCUAAUUAAGGUGAAUAAUAUUAAAAAGAUUAUAUUA